AGAGCAUCGGACAGAAGAGGACGAGGAGAAACAAGAAACUCAGAAACAAACUGCAGAGUUGAAAUAAAAAGGUCGUCUGACGGAGCAAAGAUGCAGUGGCUCCUGUGCAUGGUCUUUGUGGUGGGUCAGAGUUGGUUCAUCACAGGUCAGCUUUAUGACUAUCACUAUAUUGAACAGAAUGAGAGCUGGACUGAAGCUCAGAAAUACUGCAGAGAACACUACACUGAUCUGGCCACCAUCUCCAACAUGACAGACAUGAAGAGACUCAACGACUCAGCAAAGAACCGUACACAAUCUGCCUGGAUUGGGCUGCACAGCCCAAAGAAUGGUAACCGCACCUGGCACUGGUCUCUGCCUGGUCUGGAGCUCAAUGAAAGUGAGGUAGCAUGGGGGGACCAGGAACCAAGCAAAGGAACAGUGAAUGAGGAGAAUUGUGGAGCGAUAAGGAAAAACCUUACGUUGUUAGAUUUGCGCUGUCAUCCUGGCAAUAGGACUUUUAUCUGCUAUGAUGCCAGGGGUGAGCUGUGUAGCCACAGAGCUGAGCAGAUGUGUAACCAGGAAGGAGUAGGAGAAACGCCUGGUCCAAGACAGAAGGCUGAGGUCUUAACCAGGGCAGAGACGAGGCAGGUCAGGGUCAGCAACAGCUGA